UAAUUGACAAUCCAAAUGUAUUAUAGUGUGCAAAAACUCAAAAACUCGUUUCUGGUUUGUCUUAUUUUUGUAAAAUGCAAAAAGUUGGGGAAGCAGCGUGUGUGUUUAAUAAUGCAAAUUGUUUCAAAACAAAAGAUAAUAAAAGCAAAAGUCCAAAUCAGUAAGUCACUUCCGUCUCCCUCCAUUCACUCUCCCUCAAAGCUAGCAAAAUCGGUUUCUCAUUCUUCAACCAUGGCAGCCACUUCCCGCCGCUUAACCACCGGUUUGAUCGCAUCCAUCAGCUCGGUCCAAUCGCAUUCCGCGAUUCAGCCUCAAACCAUCUCCCUAAUCCGUCGAAACAACCACAUCAGUCGUCGUCGUCUACCGUCGUCAAUCGCUCCGAGCUCCAAGCGGUGGAUAAUCGAAGCGGUUCCACCGGCGAGAUCCUGGGAUGGAUCUGUCGACGGAGGAGCUGAAGCGGCGGAUAGUAAAAAGCCAGGCGUGUGCGGUUACGCGAUCAGCGAUAACGAGAUCGGAGGGAGCGGUGACCACGUGGUUGGCGGAGCGCAUGUCAAGACGACGGAGAUAGUGAUUUGGGCGGUGGCUACGGCGGCGUUGGGGGUCGGGAACCGCGUGAUGUACAAGCUCGCGUUAGUUCCACUCAAGCACUAUCCCUUCUUCCUCGCGCAACUCUCCACCUUUGGGUACGUAGCUGUAUAUUAUUCUAUCUUGUAUUUUCGAUAUCGUGAUGGAACUGUUACAGAUGCGAUGCUCUCGGUGCCCAAAACGCCGUUUUUAAUUAUUGGCGUCUUGCAGGCUUUAGCUGCAGCUGCUGGGAUGGCAGCCGCAGCAAAUCUUUCGGGGCCAUCAACUACAGUUAUAUCUCAGACGUUUCUUGUAUGGCAAAUUUUCUUCUCCAUUAUUUUUCUCGGGAGGAGAUAUAGCAUAAACCAAAUACUCGGAUGCACUCUUGUAGCCCUUGGUGUAAUCGUUAGUGUGGCAAGUGGAUCAGGUGCUGCUCAUUCAUUAAAGGAAGCUGGAAUAUUAUGGAUUCUUCUUAUGGUCCUUUCUUUCCUGCUUCAAGGAGCAGAUACAGUAUUGAAGGAAGUCAUCUUUAUAGAUAGCCAAAAACGAUUGAAGGCCAUCUGCAUCGCCUUGCUUCUUCCAUUUCUUUCGAAACUUUGGGGCAUACCGUUUAACCAACUCGGUAGCUAUCUAAAAGAUGGCGCGGUUUGCUUUCUAAACAUCGGUUCGAUGACAAGAGGAUGUGAUGGCGCUCCGUUUUUGCCUCUAUUGUUUGUGAUCGUCAACAUUGGCUAUAACAUUGCGCUUUUAAGACUCCUCAAGAUUUCAUCCGCGGUGGUUUCGUGUCUUGCGUCGACAGUGUCAGUGCCCGUUGCAGUGUUUCUGUUCACAUUGCCAUUACCGUACCUGGGAGUUGCAUCAUCACUUCCAAAAGGGUUCAUGGGAGGAACAAUGAUACUUGUCCUGGGAAUGCUUCUUUACAGUUGGACACCAAAAGAAGCCAACCCUUCACCUCCUUCCACUUAGAGAAGGGUCUAAUUAGGGUUUUCGAUUUCUAUUAAGAGAUCGGAGAGAUUUAUGAUUAUCAUGUCAUAAAUUAUUUUGAUGAUGUUAAUUGGAAAAGUUGACAUUUGGUGAUUGUAUUAUUGUUCGGCCGUUAGUAGAACAAUCUUUUGUAAGAGCCGUCCCAUAUAUAGUGUUGAGUUUAAAUUUUCCAUGUAAAACUUAUGCUAUUCGAUUUAUCAAUAUAAAAAACAUUGAAAGGUUAUAUAUUAUGUUAUAUAUACUCCUAA